AUGGCGAAGACGACCGGGAAACCGCAAGCGUCGGCCGCAGUUACUGAACAACCAGCCCCAAGCCCUAAAAGGAGGAAGAAGGGGAAGGCCCCGGCUCAACCCAGGUCCAGCGGCAGUGUUCAGGUGCCGAAGACAACCGCGGGGGUAAAAAGAUCCCCUCAGGGGAGUCUGAGAAAAAAAGCCCCACUAAAAGCUUCCGCCCGCCCAAGAGUGCCUAAGAAAGCUAGAGGGCCAACACUCUUCGGCCAUUAUCACAAGUUUAAUAAGAAACUGAAUCUAAAGGAGCCAUCCGAGGACCAAGAGUCCAUGGAGAAGGCCACCACCUCAAGUAAUGACCAGAGCUCCCAGUAA